AUGACGGUCGCCUAUGUAACGUUGCUUCACGGUGAAGACUAUGUGGCUGGUGCGCUCACCCUUGGAAGAACGCUUUUGGAACAUGGCACCAGUGCCCAGUUGGCUAUAUUGCUAGACAAGUCCAGUUUGACCGAAAAACUGGUUUCUCUCAUUCAAGACGUUUACAACGAUGUAAUUGACAUUAGCGACACCCUGGUGCUGGCACCAGUGGAAGGUGUGGCCCAGAAGCUAGGAAGAAGCGAGUUGGCCAUCACUUUUUCCAAGAUCCUCUUGUGGAACUUGACUCAGUACGACCAGAUUGUGUUUCUUGACUCCGAUACCUUGCCAUUGACGCUGUUGGACAGUUUGUUUGAAGAUUUUGGGUCAAUUGGCACCUCUGACAUUGUUGCUGCUCCAGAUAUCGGAUGGCCAGACUUGUUUAACCUGGGCGUGUUUGUUAUUAAGCCACUGGAAAGUGCGUUUAAAGACAUUGUGGAGUUUUCCAAGGGCGCCGAGCCUUCGUUUGACGGAGCCGACCAGGGUCUUUUGAACGAGUUUUUCACUCUUCAAGACAAUGAGUACUCGUGGAAGAGACUUCCGUUCGUGUAUAAUGUGACUCCCUCUGCUCACUACCAGUAUGUGCCAGCAUUGGAGCGUUUUAGAGACGAUAUUAAGUUGGUGCACUUUAUCGGUGCCGCUAAGCCAUGGCAUGCUCGUUUCGAAGGGGAUGAGCAGUUCAGACAGCUCUGGUGGAAGAAGUUUGAUGGGUUUUUUGGUGAUGAGAGUACCAGAGUACAUCUUUUGCUGAGACCACAAGGCGAGGCACACCAAUUGAGCUUCAAUAAGUUGGUGAACGCUUGGGACUCGAAGGAGGAAGAGAACCUUCCUGAGUUUGAGGACUUGGCUGUGUCUGAGCUGCCUAAAGCUCCACUGAAAGUGUUCCCAUGGGAAGAACGUGAGAAGGUGGAGCCUACCAGAGUAUGGGAGCCAGUGAGCUAUUCUAAGGAAAACACUGGUGCUAGAGAACGCCGUGUGUCGUUAGAAGGCCAGGCGGAAGCAAAGAUCCUGCUGGUGGGAACUGGUCGCUCGUUAAGAAAAGCCAGUAACCAGUUCAAGGAAGGACUGGAGUUCAACCCAGAUAAACUGUUAGAAGAGGUCUCCAAGAUGCCUUUGCGUUUCUUGCAAUCCAAGAGACAAACCAAGGACGAAGAGUAG